AACCCUUCUCUCCCUCCCAGUCCCCAACCCCAGCUGUUGCUAGCUGUCCCUAAUCCCCUCCCAUGUGACCCACCACCCCUCCUCUCUUCCAAACCCCUCUUGGGGUCCUUAAAAAAAUAGAAAAGGAGAAGGGGCUAAAAGAGAAGGAAAUACUUAUAACAUUGCCUUAAAGACUGUGAUAUGAUGUUUUGCAAUUGGUGGUUUCUCUCUUGAGAGUGUCAUCCUUUCAUGUUUUUAGGAGUUAACAUAAAGAUUUUUUUUUUUUGCAACUUCUUGUUGUGUUGGUUGAAUAGUUAGUUGGUUAGUUUGUUGAUUAAGAUUAGCAUUUUUUUUCGUUUUUCGUAUUGUGUUGUGUUGUGUUGUGCUCGUGUUUUCGCGUGUUGGUGUAUACAUACAUAUAUACAUAUAAUUUUUCAAAAUUUUCUUCUUUUUUCUCUUUAUAUUGAGUGUGGUCUUUUUGUGACAUCAAACCUUAGAAUGGCACAAUUACCUCCGAAAAUACCCAACAUGACCCAAAAUUGGCCUUCUUUUCCUCACCAAAGAAUGCCUUCCACAAUGGCAAACUUCAUUCCCACCACUAGCACUGCCAUCCCUUCCUCCACCACCACCACCAAUGGUUCUAACCACCACCCCUCGUGGGUCGACGAGUUCCUCGACUUCUCCUCUGCCCGCCGCGGGGCUCACCGCCGCUCCAUUAGCGACUCCAUAGCCUUCCUUGAACAACCAUUGGCAGAAGAAUGUAGGGACUCCAAUGCCAGGAUGACUACAGAAACGAAUGUUUUUGACCGCCUGGACGAUGAGCAGCUCAUGUCCAUGUUUUCCGACGAUGUUGCCGUGAGCGUGGCGGCACAAACGGUGUCUUCCUCAAACCCUUCAACGCCGUCCGAUCAAAAUAGCAACAACGACGAGAAGCCUGUACCAUCCUUGGAUCUGCAACAACCCAAGAACGAGCCAGGAGAUGUGGAAAGCUCAUGCAAAGCUGAAACACAAGCUACACAACCCCCACCAACCUCAAAUGACGAUUCCAUCAUUGAUCCAAAGAGGGUUAAGAGAAUUCUGGCAAACCGGCAAUCAGCGCAAAGAUCAAGAGUGAGAAAGCUGCAAUAUAUUUCAGAACUUGAAAGAAGCGUAACAACAUUGCAGACGGAAGUAUCAGCAUUAUCACCAAGGGUUGCGUUCCUGGAUCAUCAGAGACUGAUCCUCAAUGUUGACAAUAGUGCUUUGAAGCAAAGGAUUGCUGCUUUGGCUCAAGACAAGAUUUUCAAAGACGCUCAUCAUGAAGCACUGAAGAAGGAAAUUGAAAGACUAAGACAAGUGUAUCAGCAACAACAAAACCUCAAGAAAAUGAACACCACCACCACCACCAGCACCAACACCAACAACCACCAUGCACCACCGCAACAACAACAGCAACAACAGCAGACGUCGUCGGUAAACACAGACAACAUGGUAUGUUCGGACGUAAAGGAGCAGCUUAUAACUUGAUCAGAGAAAUCAAAGGGAAGUGCAGUGAUGAGAGGCCCAUGUGGUGCAAAAUGAGCAAGAGAAAAAAAAAAGAAAUGCAAUGAGGCUAUCUGUCUAACCCUGGGGAGGAGGGGCUUAGUGUUUCACAUGAUGUGUUUCCAAAUUGCUGUCUUUCUAUAUAGUUGUAGGGUCCCUUUGACAAUAUUUUUCUAAAGGGCUCAGCAAAAAGGGACAUGUGGAGAGUGCUAAGGUAGGAGGGUGACAAUUUAAUUCUUUUUUUUUUUUUGUUUUUUGAAAAAAAAUUGAUUAACAUUGUUGUUGUGGGGUUUA